AUGUCGCAGCGAGUAAAAGUUUCCACUGAUGCUUUACUAGUACUGUUGGCAUUGCUGUUACUUUCAUCUUAUGGUGUUGUUCUUUUUGCAUAUGGUUCUUCUUUUUCUUCCACUAAUACAAAACAACAUUUACAAGUUGUAGGAGUAGAACAAGAAGUAUAUGCUCUUUUGAAAUGGAAAUCAAGCCUUGUUAACCAAAAUCAUUCUCUCCUCUCUUCUUGGAAGCUGAGUUCUACUGCGAGUACAACAAGUACUCCAUGCAAGUGGCUUGGAAUCACUUGUAACAAUGAGGGAAGCGUCGAGGAAUUGAAUAUAUCAGGCUUGGGUUUACAAGGUACAUUCCAUAGUUUCAACUUCUCAUCUUUCUCUAACUUGGUUAGUCUUGACUUGAGCAACAAUGAACUCUUUGGAACCAUUCCUUCCCAAAUCAGUGAUCUUCCAAAACUCACCUACCUUGAUUUUUCAAUUAAUAAACUUUCUGGACAUAUUCCACCACAAAUAGGUUCUCUCACAAUUUUGCAUUAUCUAAACCUUUCUCAAAAUCAAAUUAGUGGAUCAAUUCCUAAAGAAAUUAGCAAUUUACAUUUUCUUACUGACUUAGGGUUGUUCACAAACAAUUUCACGGGUUCCAUUCCCACCUCUAUAUGCAAUCUGUCUAACUUGACCAGUUUGUCGAUUUAUGAAAAUCAAAUCUCUGGUGUCAUUCCUCGAGACAUCGGAAGGCUAAGUUCUCUUACUCUCUUAGAUUUGUCAACAAACAAUAUCACUGGUUCAAUCCCCACUUCUAUAACCAAUCUGACUAGCCUGCACACUCUUUACCUAUUUGAAAACCAACUUUCUGGCAUCAUACCUCGAGAAAUUGGUAGGCUAAGGUCUCUUAUGUUCUUAGCUUUGUCCAAAAACAGUAUCACUGGUUCAAUCCCUCCUUCAUUAUGUGAUUUAAACAACUUGAACUCUUUAUCAAUUUUUGAAAAUAACCUUUCCGGCACCAUACCUCUGAAUAUAGGAAAGUUGAGGUCUCUUACCAUGUUAUCUAUGCAUAAUAAUAAUCUCAUUAGUUCAGUCCCUACUUCUUUAACCAAUCUGACUAGCCUGGACACUCUUUACCUAUAUCGCAACCAACUUUCUGGCAUCAUUCCUAGAGAUAUAGGAAGGCUACACUCUCUAACAAGCAUUGAUUUGUCCCAAAACAAUUUCACUGGUCCAAUCCCUACUUCUAUAUGCAACUUGGUCAACCUUACAUUUUUAAAUGUUGGGAGAAAUCAACUUACUGGUGCUAUCCCUCAAGAUAUUGGAAAUUUAAGGUCUUUAGGUGCCUUAUCUAUGGAAUUGAACAAACUCACCGGUUCAAUCCCUGCGUCGAUAGGUAAUUUGAGUCAGUUAACCUUUUUAGCUCUUUCUGGAAAUGAUUUUACUGGUUCAUUACCAAUAGGAUUCAACAAUCUAACGGAGCUGACAGUAUUGUAUUUGAGUGAGAACAUGUUUUCUGGUUAUUUACCACCGAACCUAUGUCAAACUGGAACACUUGAAGAAUUUGUAGCAGGUAAUAACUUUUUCACGGGUCCUAUACCAAGAAGUCUUAGAAAUUGCACCAGUCUUGUAUUUCUCGGGUUUGAAAAUAAUGAACUGGUAGAUAAUGUAACAGAGGCAUUUCACGUGUAUCCAUAUCUAGAUAGGUUUACUGUGCAAUACAACAUGUUGUAUGGUGAACUGUCAAGAGACUGGGGUGAUUGUCAAAAUCUUACAUUUUUAGAUUUCUCAGGGAACAAUAUUACCGGUAGUAUACCAUCAGAAAUGGGCAAGUUGAAGAUUUUAAAUGAAUUUUAUCUUGAAUCAAAUUACUUAGUAGGGGAAAUUCCUGUGGAGUUGUUAAAACUGUCCUCUCUGAUCAAGUUAGAUUUGAGUAAUAAUCAGCUUUCCGGUACGUUGUCUUCUACAAUUGGGAUGUUAUCAAACCUCCAAUAUCUCGAUCUAUCAGCAAAUAAAUUCACCGGAUCAAUACCCAAACAGCUAGGGGAAUGUUCAAACUUACUCUCUUUAAAUUUGAGUAGAAACAAUUUCAAUAAAAGCAUCCCGUCCCAGAUCGGAAACUUGGAUUCAUUACAAAAUUUUUUAGAUCUUAGUUACAAUGAGUUGAGUGGAGAGAUGCCAUCAGCUCUUGGAAAACUAAGAAAACUAGAAACACUAAAUGUUUCCCACAAUAAGCUCUUCGGCUCAAUUCCAUCUUCAUUUGAUCAAAUGCUUAGCUUGACCAGUGUCGAUGUUUCCUACAAUGAGUUGAUUGGUCCUAUUCCAAAUAUCAAGGCCUUUGAGGAUGCUUCUAUGGAUACUUUGAGGAACAACACAUGGUUAUGUGGUAAUAACUCUAGAGGUUUAAAACCAUGUAAUUCCUCGGUUUUUAUUGGAAGAAAAGAGGCCAAGCAUAAUAAACUUGUGCUAGUAAUCCUACUUCCUUUGUUCGGUUCCUUGUUUCUUUUAUUCAUACUCUUCGCCAUUUUAUUCGGCCUUCGAAAAAGAUCGUUGAGAAAUGUGGCACCUGGAAAUCAACCUAGUACUACUAAUACCGGAAGAAAUCUAUUUUCCAUUUGGCAUUACGACGGGAAAAUAGUGUUCGAAGAUAUAAUUGAAGCAACCGAGGAUUUUGAUACUAAAUAUUGCAUUGGAACCGGAGGAUAUGGAAGCGUUUACAAAGCAGAGCUGUCAACAGGUCAAGUUGUUGCUGUGAAGAAGCUUCACCCGUCCGAUGAUGAUUCUGAGAUAUCUGAUCUUAAGUCAUUUGAAAAUGAAGUUCAGGCAUUAACAGAAAUCCGACAUCGGAACAUUGUGAAACUUUUCGGUUUCUGUUCUAAUCUUGAAAGGAGGAUCUCAUUUUUGGUCUAUGAGUUCGUGGAAAGAGGAAGCUUGAAAAAUGUUUUAUGCGAUGGGGAACAAGCUGUGGAGUUUGAUUGGAUAAAGAGGGCAAGGUUUAUCAAGGGAACAGCUGAUGCACUUGCUUACAUGCACCAUGACAGCAUUCCAGCAAUAGUUCACAGAGACAUAUCUAGCAAUAAUAUCUUGUUGGACUCUGAAUACGAAGCUCGAGUUUCUGAUUUUGGUACGGCCAGGAUUUUGAAGCCAGAUUCAUCAAAUUGGACUUCACUUGCUGGAACCUACGGAUACGUUGCCCCAGAGCUUGCCUAUAUAAUGAAAGUGACAGAGAAAUGUGAUGUUUACAGUUUUGGGGUGAUCAUAUUAGAAGUACUUAUGGGGAGCCAUCCAUCUGAAAUCAUCACAUUACUCUCGGAAAUUCUUCUUUCAUCUCCAUCAUCGAGUAAAUUGGAGCAAAACAUAAGGUUGAGAGACAUCUUGGACCCAUGCAUUGGAACCCCAGCUGAUGUCGUGAAGAAAGAAAUAAUGUAUAUCAUGAAGGUUGCAUUUUCAUGUUUACGGGGUGAUCCAUCCACUCGGCCAACUAUGCAAGAAGUAUCAGUGGAGCUAUCAUUGUCAGCACAGAGCAGAGAAGGUUUAGCAAAGCCUUUUGAAAUGAUUACACUGGGAGACAUUCUGCUAUCAUAAUAAUUUUUGUAACCAAGAGACAUUUUCUUAUUUUCUUUUCAUUUGUUUCCUCUUCUUAAGUUAACCAGUUAUGAUUAUAUCUUUUUCAAUUGAAAUCUUUUCUAUCUGUGAUUCCCAUGCAUAUUCUGUAAUAUACAA